CCAAGAAGGCGUGGCUCCAGGAUGAUGGCGAAUAAAAAGUCUGAGAGCCAGCACCGUCUGGAGACCAGCAGGAGGCAAGAGGAGCCAUUCAAGAAUCCAUUCAGAAGCGAUGCCCAUGGCGUGCCCCCAAACCCUGCUCCUCUGCCUGCUGCUCCUGGUGGCCACUGAAGGCCAGAGUCAACAGGCCGCCAUCCCAGGCUGCCACUUGCACCCCUUCAACGUGACGGUGCGAAGUGACCGCCAAGGCACCUGCCAGGGCUCCCAUGUGGCACAGGCCUGUGUGGGCCACUGCGAGUCCAGUGCCUUCCCUUCCCGGUACUCCGUGCUGGUGGCCAGUGGUUAUCGACAUAACAUCACCUCCGUGUCUCAGUGCUGUACCAUCAGCGGCCUGAGGAAGGUGAAGGUGCAGCUGCACUGUGGGGGGAGCCGGAAGGAGGAGCUGGAGAUCUUCACGGCCAGGGCCUGCCAGUGUGACAUGUGUCGCCUCUCACGCUACUAGCCCAUCCUUCCCCAUCCCCUUCC